CUGAUAGUGGACUGGAGGAAUAUGGUGGGGCGCAAGAGGCAGAAGGUAGGUCGACCCACUCCGUCCAAGACGUCUCCAGUUCGUGACGAGGCCAAGUCCUUUCAGGAGCUUGAUCCGUUCGCGCCCGAAGUUCGGAGUGAAUUGAAUUUUCCCCAUCGAUGCACCACGCUGUUUCGGAUGUAUUCAACUAUAAAAAGAUGUUCCGGAUAAUCUGAGGCGAUGGCUACCGAUGGACAGAUAAUUGUUGCCGCCGCCAGAUGGUCAGAUGAAGCUUUGUACUUGAAGGAUUUCACCAACAAUCGGACGUUUCCUGUUGUGGUGAAGUUCGUGAAGGGCCAGUAUGGCGGAUUCGGGGUGCCCAGCCUGCCGAACCCCGGCCUCCAGUCGACCGCGCUUCUCCUCUCGACGGGUAACAAGCACAAGAUCUUGGCUCAAGCCGUCAAAAUCAAAGAAGGCCGGAGAGUGGUCGGAGUCGGCCCCAAGAUAGAAAUCCCCGAAUCGUAUCCCGGUUAUUUCGAGUUGCUCAGCGAAGAAGGCCGGGGCAUGAAGGCGAUAGAAACUGUGGCCGAACUGGCGAGGAAAAUGCCCGAUACAGGCUUCCUGGUCAGGGAACCGAUAAGAGCCCUGAUGGCGAAGACCGACGGUCAAGGGGUCCUCUGCACCAACGGCCUCCGUACGGUACUCAUCGGUGAAACGCUCUUCCCCGUGACAGAAGCCCAACUCAACGGUUACAAAAUGAGAUUUUUACAGUGUAUGGAUUCUAAAAACGAAUUCGUCUUUCUCGGAUACGACCAAAGAGGUAAAUUUAGCAUACUGGCGAAGGAAGACCAUAUCAGCGGGGUACAUACGGCUCGGAAUCUUCUUUCGAAAAGGAUGCCUUUGACCGUACGUCUCGUCCACGGGCCGCCUCCCAAAGGUUUGAAAAGUUCGAGUCAUUCCGUACAGGAACUGAGAUUGCUCGCCGUUAUCGAAGAGGAGAACGUGUUCGCCCUUCCUCUCCAGAAAGACAUUUCCAACGUCGUCUCUCUUCCGUUGGCGGCGGCCCUCAAACUCCAGACCGCCAGAAACGCCGACCUCCUGAAGACCAUGAAAGAGUUCAACAGGCUCUGCGAAAAAGGGACUUCCUUGGUCAACGAAGUCGCCGACAGGGCUCACGUCCUUGACGGUAAACUCUCAGAAACGAAGAUCGGCAGAGCUGGAGCGACAUCGCGCUACUCGCAGAUAAAAACGGGAUACUUCCUCAGGAGGAGCGCCUCUUUAGAUUCCCCGAGUGUGACCUCCUACACGUGGAUGAACACGGAUAACGAAAACCGAGAACCGAACAUCUCCGGAGACGAUUACGACGACAUAGACCAGAUUUACGAUUACGUCCGGGGUUUCGCCCCUCUGCCCAAAAACAUUAAAUCGCCUUUCGCCGAGCCGACGCACCCGACGACAGAACACGCCGCAUCCGCUCCUCUCUCCAACUCCAACAACGACAGAUUCCGGCCCGAGCCUCCGCCGAUCGAGACCAUCCCCACUAAAAAGCAGCAGUUUUCCAAUCCGAAAGCCGAAAAGCGAACGAGAAAAGAAGCCGCGUACAACAACCCCAGUUCCAGGCACGACAAAAGUGGAAUUCCUUCUCUAUAUGUAAAAAAUUCCAACUCCCAGCGGGGUCGGGUCCUCAGGCAGAAGAGCUCUUCGCCUAUGAAAGACCAGCCGCCGGGGAAAACGGGAUCGCCGGUCGUGAGCGUACGAUACAAAUCCCUGAACAACUUGCACCAGGCGAUGGACAUGGACGGGACCCUCGACUCGAGCCAUUCCGGCGGCCGCACGUCAGGCGAUUCCGGGGCAGGCGUCAAACUGCCCGAGAAACGAUCUCGGCGACUAAGUCGUCCACUUUCUUUGACAAACCUAGUCUGGGAGAUUUGUCGACCCCAAGAAAUCCAGUCUUCACAAUUAAGAAAACCUUCGAAUCCAUACAAAAUAACACCAGAGCACAAUCAUCCUACUCGAAUCGGCACAUUAUAUCUCUAGGAACUAAGCAAAACCUCUUGUGUUGUACUCUCUUGUUACGCUAUGUUUUCAGCGUCAAAUUGAACGAAGAUCGAGCAAGAGUGAUCUUUCAUUAUGAAUUUUACCCCAAAUUUCCAAUGGAAAUUAUUUUCUAUUGUCCCACCUUAUUAGAAAAUUUUGUACUGUUCCAAAUUUUCUUGAAGUACUAAACAAUUUUUUUGUCAGUGCUGCUCUUUUGCUUUUGCCAUUCAAAUCCAUUUCUUAUUGUAUUUUUCUUAGUUUUUUGUACUUUUUUAAAUUAUGUUUUCAUCUCAGCACUUUUCACAUUUAUAGUUACACUGCUUGUGCUUCAGAUAAAAACGUUAAACAACCAAGAUUUUGUUUGUCCCACUGUUCAACUUUUAACAACUGAUACAAGAAAUAAACAAUUUUUUGGUGAUUGUCCUGUGCAUAGAAAUUUCUAAUUUCCAUUGAAUCGUGUCAGCCCCUAGCAAAAUUGAAGCACAAUUAGUUAACACACCUUAUUGAAACUAAUCUUUCAAAAAUUUUUGUGCAUAUAUUCUUAAAUUGUAACAUUUCUCCAUGUGACUGGGUGAUGAACCUGAAAUUGAGUCGUAACUGAUAAUUUUGGUCAGCCCGUAUUUUCUGGGAAUAUAGACAGACCAAAAUGAUCAGAAAAAUUAAAUUUCACAUAAAUUCUUAAAAAUAAAAAUUUAAAAAAAGAAAGAAA